AAAUUCCUUAAGCUGUGCAUACAUAUUUUAUACACACUUGUUCAUAUGUGACCCAAAAUCAUAAUAAAAAACCAAUUCACAAAGUUCCUGAAAAUUUAACAAUCUGAUCCUGCAAGCCAGUACAAGCUAGCUGCUACAUAUCAUUCUCCAUGAUACACUCCAAACAUAGGCUUGGCAUUCAAAGCCAUUCAAGUCCGACUGCACAGCUUAUAGUUUCCUGAAUAGACCAAGCUAUUUCUCCCCUCUGGUAUGAAGCUUGCUCCCUCUGUCCUGAAUGUGCUUCCUGAAUGUGUUUUUGCUGUCUCCCACCAUUCACAACUACUCAUCUUUCAACUCAGUCCAGGGGCUGCUUUCAGGAGAGGGCCCUGCCCUCUGGAAAAGCUGAUCAGUCAUCCCUUUGUGCUUCCAUUUCUCUAUGAGGACACUGAAACAUUCUUCACUAUGGCUUUGCUGUGGUCUUGUCCCACUAGACUGCAGAUUGCUAGAGAUCCUAGGCUGUCUUCACUGAUCUCCAAAUUCUAGGUGUGAAGUAUAUGGCGUGGCGCUUAGUGCUACUAUCAUUUGAUGACCUAUAAAUGAAUAAAUAAUAUGUAACCAAAGAGUGGUGUCUAUUACUAUCUUACUGUUUUUCUCUGGGAAGACAGGUGGUGGCUGAUGUAAGUGGCUGCACUCAAGCUGGGCUCUAAGGGAUGGGCCUUCCAGAAAGAAGGAAUUGUGUUUCUUUUCCUUUAUUGGACAUUGGCUUGCGUUAUAAAUGUUUUAUCACUGUGUGUGGCCUUUUGGGUGGCUUGGAAGUAUUUGGAAGAAGGCUCCAAAUGUUACUAUUAACCUAAGGCUUAAAAAAAUGCUUUUUGAGGAAAUAUUCCAUUUUGAAAACCAUACUUGGUGCCUAGUGCUGAUUUUUUUUUUUUUAAGUAAUAUUCCAUUUUGAAAAGUGGUAAUAGAUUUGAACAUACCUGGUGCUGGUAGGAUUUUAGUGAACUUCACAGAGCAAUGGAGUUUAUUUCCCUGGAGCAAAAACUGUUCUUUUGUUGUAUAAUUCAGGGAUAAUCACUUUUGCUUUGUAAUGCAGAGCAAAACAGUUGGAUUAACAGUUGUUCAAGAAAAACUCAAAUGCUAUUAUGUACUGCCAAAUGAGAGAAGCUUUCAGAAUGCUGCAAAAAGCAAUAAUUUGGAUCUUAUGGAGAAGCUGUUUGAAAAGAAGGUUAACAUUAAUGCUGUGAACAAUAUGAACCGCACAGCCCUGCAUUUUGCGGUGGGGGCGAAUCAUUUAUCCUCGGUGGAUUUCUUGCUUAAUCGCAAGGCCAGGGUGGAUGUUGCUGAUAAGCACGGCUUGACAGUAAUUCACCUUGCAGCCUGGUCUGGAAGUCUUGAGAUCAUGCUCAUGCUGGUUAGAGCUGGAGCAGACCAGAGAGCCAAGAAUCAGGAUGGAAUGAAUGCCCUCCACUUUGCAGCUCAGAACAAUAACGUACGCAUUGUGGAGUACCUCAUUCAAGAUCUGCACUUGAAGGACCUGAACCAGCCCGAUGAGAAAGGAAGAAAACCAUUUCUUUGGGCAGCUGAGAGGGGCCACAUUGAAAUGAUAGAAAAACUUAUCUUCCUUAAUCUACAUACUUCAGAAAAAGACAAGGAGGGAAAUACUGCCCUGCACCUUGCAGCAAAGCAUGGUCACAGUCCUGCGGUCCAUGUGCUGCUAACCCAGCAGCAAGAAAUAAAUGAGAUCAAUGAGAAUGGAGAAACACCAUUCUUUCUGGCUGUUAAAGGAGGUCAUGAAGAAUGCAGCAAAGUACUCCUGACAGCAGGAAGUGAUAUCAACAUUCCAAAUAAGCUCAACAUCAGUGCUUUGCAGAUAGCAACCCAGAACGGCCACACAUCCCUUGUGAGCUGUCUUCUCAGUAAGCAUGUUGACCUGUACCAGAAAGUGGAACCGAAGGAGUCCCCUCUUCAUUUAGCUGUUAUCCACAACCAUAUCACAGUUGUAAAGAGCUUAUUAAGUGCACAGCAUGACCUUAACAUCUUAAAUCAGAGGCAGCAGACUCCUUUGCACCUAGCUGCUGAUCUUGGCCAUGUGGAACUGGUGGACACUUUGCUGAAGGCAGGCUGUGACCUGAAGGUCGUUGAUAAGCAAGGGAAGACUGCCCUGGCCAUGGCCUCCAGAAGCAACCACAGCCUUGUAGUGGACAUGAUCAUUAAAGCAGAGAGAUACUACGCCUGGAGAGAGGAGCAUGGUGAGAGCAUCAAGGACUCAUCAACCAGCUUUUCUUUGACAUUCAAGCAAGAUCACAGUCUGGAGACCAGGCAUAUUCGCAGUCUCCUCUGGAACCUGGCUUACCAUCAGCUAAAGGCCAAUGAGUGGCAGAAGCUUGCCCGUUCCUGGAACUUUACAGAUGACCAGAUCAGAGCCAUCGAGGAGCAGUGGUCAGGAAAGGGAAGUUUCCGUGAACACGGCCACCGGGCUUUGCUCAUCUGGCUGCACGGGACCCUGAUGACACAGGCCACUCCAGUCAAGCAUCUGUAUGAAGAGCUGGUACGCACAGGUUUCCCAGAACUAGCUGAAAAGAUUCGUCAAUUCAAAAAUGAAACUGAUGUGAGGUCCAAGAAAUGUGCAGUUUCGUAAAUGCCUAAAGAAAUUGUAUUUAAUUGGUUUUCCACUCAGCAUUGCCUUUACAUUCAGUUCUUUAAUGCCAUAAAAUUCUAGCAGUAUUGACUGUCCUUUCAACUAUGAAGAUGGUGGUGACAGAUGAAAAAAUGGUAUUAGUACUUUCCACCUACUGAAAUGAAAGGUCAAAAUUUUUUUUGGUUUUUGCUUAAAGAAAAUUGUAUAUGAUUUUUGCAUUUCUGACAUAUGAUGCAACAUAUGUGAUAGCAUAAUCUAGGUUUUUGUUCAUCAUGUUUUUAAAAAAAAUGAUGGGAGGAACAGCAUCCUGGUAUAGGGAUUUAGAAUAGACAGACAUGGUUUUAAUCCUGGUUUUACUACUUAUUAACUGUGAACCUUUGGGCAUACUAAAUAUCCAAGAUCUCAGAUCUUCAGUUUCCUUCUCCAUAAAAUGGGGGAAUGUCUCUCUCUGCCACAGUAUUGAAGAUGAAGGUUGAAUGCCUGUGAAAUCCCUAGUCUCAUGCCCACAGUAUUGAAAUCAUCCCCUGUGAGUUAUUUCUCUUCAGUGAGAGAAACUAGCUUUGAAAAUUUAUAGUUACUUUUGGCUUUAAAUAACACAUAUGUGUAAUAAUAGUGCUUAGAAAAGACCGGAUGUAUACCAAUGUAUUUUUUUAAAUCUCUUGGUGGUGUAAUUACAGGUGGUUUUUAUUUUCUUUGUACUUUUUGGUACUUUCCAAUUUUUUUUUUGACAAUAAGCAUGCAUUAUUUUUAUAAUCUGAGAGAAAUAAAUAUAAAAUCAAGUAUUAACUCAUAUCAGUUUACAUGCACCUAUUCAUCAUAAUUUAAGGCUCUCCAUUCUCAAACUCUGACUCUAAUUCCAUAAGGCACCAGAGAUAAAAUCAUGAGUAAUGUCAGUCCAAUUAUCCUGAAUUGAUAGUUUUACAUUUUGGUCUCAUCCUGAUUGUAAAUGGCCCACUUACUUCCAUAAAUGUUUAAAAUAGGGAACAUGUUCACAGGAGUCCAAAAAGUUUUUUAAAAAGGGAUUCAGUGGAAAGUCUUGUCCCCAUCUGUUCUUCAACAUGGCUGGUUUCCAGUGACCAUGCUACUUACUCCCCCUUCCAAAAUCUGGGUAACCUCUUUAUGCAGAAAUAAACAAAGAGAAUACAUACUCUUA